UUGGUUUUGGAUUGGUUUAAGUAAACAGAGAAAAGACAAAAAGAGAAUAAUGGAGCUGUAGCAGUUUACGAUCACAAAAGAGCACUCGAUUAUAAACAGUGGAAAUGUUUACCAAAAGAAACUGAUAACUCCAAAACACUUUCUUGUCUUCUCCCUUCGAAAUUUUCCUGUCAUUACUCUCUCAAACCUUUUCUCUUUUCGAAUCUCUCCACUUUUUUCUUUCUUCCUUCUUCUUCUUCUUCUCUCUUCAAUGAUUCAUCACUUCUCAACACUCCAUGACUUCAAAACGUUUCGACAGAGAUUUCCAACCUUCCGACGAUCCUUCCGCCGCUAAACGCCGUAUCGAAGAAUUCUCCGACGAAGCACUCCGUAGCGGCGGCGCCGCCGCAAUCAAACUCCUUAGCUUACUCUUACAAUGCGCUGAGUACGUCUCUACGGAUCAUCUCCCCGAAGCUUCUACGCUCUUAUCCGAAAUCUCAGAGAUAUGUUCUCCGUUCGGCUCCUCCCCGGAACGAGUCGUUGCUUAUUUCGCGCAAGCUUUGCAAACGCGCGUGAUCAGCUCUUACCUCUCCGGCGCGUGUGUUUCACUCUCCGAGAAACCGCUCUCUGUUUCUCAGUCUCGGAAGAUCUUCUCCGCCUUGCAGACUUUUAACUCCGUUAGUCCUCUGAUCAAAUUCUCACAUUUCACGGCGAAUCAAGCGAUUUUUCAGGCGCUUGACGGUGAAGAUUCAGUUCAUAUCAUCGAUCUCGACGUGAUGCAAGGUCUUCAUUGGCCGGCUCUGUUUCACAUCCUCGCUUCUCGUCCUCGAAAAUUACGAUCAAUUCGAAUCACCGGAUUCGGCUCCUCCUCCGAUCUUCUCGCUUCCACCGGCCGGAGACUCGCCGAUUUCGCGUCAUCGUUAAACCUCCCUUUCGAGUUUCAUCCAAUUGAAGGCAAAAUCGGAAACCUAAUCGAUCCGAGUCAACUCGGGACGAGACAAGGCGAAGCUGUGGUGGUUCAUUGGAUGCAGCACCGGUUAUACGACGUCACCGGAAACGAUCUCGAGACGUUGGAGAUUCUACGGAGGCUGAAACCGAAUCUGAUCACGGUGGUGGAGCAAGAAUUGAGCUACGACGAUGGAGGAAGCUUUUUAGGGAGAUUCGUGGAGGCGUUGCAUUAUUACAGCGCGUUGUUCGACGCGCUCGGAGAUAAAUUGGGUGAAGAGAGUGGAGAGAGGUUCACGGUGGAGCAGCUCGUGUUGGCGACGGAGAUUAGAAACAUUGUGGCGCACGGAGGAGGAAGAAGGAGGAGGGUGAAGUGGAAAGAGGAGUUGAAUCGGGUCGGGUUUAGACCCGUUUCACUUCGGGGUAACCCGGCCACGCAAGCGGGUUUGUUGUUGGGUAUGUUGCCGUGGAAUGGAUAUACUUUGGUUGAAGAGAAUGGAACCCUCCGUCUUGGUUGGAAGGAUCUCUCGCUUUUGACCGCCUCUGCGUGGAUAUCUCAGCCGUUCGAUUGAUUUUUCUUUCUACUAAACAAUAUUUAUUUAUUUAUUUUAUUUUGAAGAAUAAUGUAAUUAUUUAUUUUCUUUUCAAGAAUGAUGCAAGGUGAAGAAA